GUUCGGGAGGGGAGGGCGGGGGAACGUUUACGGGGGCGAAGCCGCGAGCGUCACUGGGGCAACCUGACUGUCUGAGGGCGGGGCAGGAGGAACAAGGAGACUCGGCAACCGUUACCCCUGGCAACAGCGGAGCCCUGGGAGUAGGUAGCGAGCAGCCUGAGGAGCGAGGCCUGCACUCGACUGAGGCGAGGAGGAUGCGGGAGGGCGUGAAGGAGGAAGCGCUGCUGCUGGCCCGCGAUUACCUGCAGCACUGUCUGAACCCGGCCCGGGAGCCGAGGCCGCCCAACAAGACGGCCUUCACCCUCCGCAAAGUGGCGGACCAGAUGGUGGAGCAGCAUCAGGCCGCGUUCAGCAACAUGAAGAGCCGCUUCGACAACGGCCUGCAAAUGGCGGCUUGGCCGCGGAAGGCGGCGGCCGGGCCCGAGGGAGAGGCGGCGGGGACCCCUGCGUCGGGCCGGGAGGAGACCGAAACCGCGACGGCGGCGGUGGCCGCGGCCGACUUCCUGCGCCGGGUGGUGGAGGAGAUGUCGGCCGACGAGAAGAUGAACUGGGGCCGGGUGGUGAGCAUCUUCGCGUUCGCCGGGGUGUUGGGCCGGCACAUGAGGGACUCGGGCAUCGUCAUGAGCCCGGAGGCCGGGCCCAGCCUUGUGGAUUCGCUGGCGGAGAGUGUGGCCAAUUAUCUGGGCAAGGAGCGGCGAGAGUGGAUUGAACAAAACGGGGGCUGGGAGGGAUUUCUCAGAUUCUUUGGCAGUGAUGACCAUUGGCAAGAGUCAACAGUACGCAACAUGCUGAUAACAGUUGCUGGGUUUGGCAUAGCUGGAUUAGCUUGUCUUCUUGCUGUCCGAUAGACUGGUGCUUCUGACCAAUUGGAACAAUUGCUAACAUCUAGAAGAUAUAAAUUUCUCAGCACAAUGUUUUCCAUUUUUAUCUUCAUUUCUAAGGUAUUUUUGGAGGUUACCAUUGUGUGCGACAUUACAGCAAGAAACCUGAAGAUUUUCAAAAAUUGUCUGCAGUUUUGCUAGUGUUAUGUUUGUACACUUAAAUUUCAUUUUAAUAUACUGCCUACAAUACUACAAAGUAUCUCUUAAUCUUUUAAAAAGGCUUUCCUAAGAAUAGUGCAUUGAAGAAAAAAGGCAAGGUUAUGACCAAACUGGAAAUUAGAAGCCUUUUUCUACAGCCUAGUUCUGUUCUGAGAAUCUCAAAGAAUUGCACUAACUUGUUGAGUAAUCUAGAUAUGACAAGACAUAGCCAAAUACAAUUGACUCAUCACAAUCAUCCAUUUGACCUUUUUGCAACAGAAUAUCAGUUAUGACAUCUGACAUCUCUUUCCAAAUUUAAAUUAAAAGAAACCACCUAAUACAGAACCUUUCAGUGUAUAUAUCAAGUACUGUUAGUUUCUCCCCUUCCAUUUUCCUGUCAUUAGUUUUGGUCUAUGAAAGUCCAUUAUUAUUUUGUAGUAAUGCUUAUUCAAUCUUUUUAGUCUUAAAUGAUAACCACAAUUUUAAUGGAAUAUGGUAUUUCCAUAUUUAUGUACAGUGUAAACAUUAGCUAGCAAACCAUUGCAAGCAAAGUAACUUUUAAAUUUUUCCACUAGCAAAGUGUUAAUAAUUCUGUACUGUAUCAAGGUUGUAUUACAUUGUACAUGCAAGUUAGAAUGUUGUAAGCAAUUCAGUUGUGGAAGUUGACUGGUAAAUCACGAUUUAAACAUCCCACAUACUAAAUUGCAUAAUAGUAUUUAUUUUAUUAAAAUAAAAUCAUGCUGUGAUCUUUAAUCAGCUUUGAAAAGCUCGCUUUUACCUGAGCAUUUAUCCUUGGUGUAUGGAGCUAUUAAUAUUAUGUAGUUCCUGUAUUCUUUGGGAUGUUCUCAGACACAGGAUGUCAAAUUUGUUUGGUUGAUCAACAAAAUUCCUUGCUGUGCCCUAAUUAUUUCUAAGUAGUGUUAGAGGAGGAAACACUGCUUUUUCAGGGUUUCCUGUAUAUGUAUUACUUUACUGUCUUUUGUUUUUCUCCAGCUCUGAUAUAUGUAUGCCGUUUGGGUAUAAUGCUUGAAUAAGCAAGUCAUUCUACACUUUCAAACAAUUUGAAUUUUUAAAAUGUUAAUGUGCCUAAGUUUUAUCUUCCCCCAAAUAUGAUGGUGUGCUUGUGGCUAAAGUUGGUUGUGACUGGUUUUGCCAUUUAGCAUUACAGAACAAUGAAACUUGCAAAUUCUGAGGCUGUGUGGUAACACUCGAUAAAUAUCUUAUUCAAGUGGCUCUGUGAAACUUGAUAUAAAUACAGGCAUAUAUUCUAACCUCAACCACCAUUGCCUUCAAGCUUUUGCUAUUUGAGAGCACUUUUUUAAGGAAAUGAAUCAUUCCAAGACAAUUGACAAGAACCUUGUGGUUCCCCUGACUGAUUUUGGCCCUCUGACCAAAGGAGGCAGGAAUUGGAGACACCGUAUGAACCAGAACUGAAUGUCUGCAAUUGAAAGUGCAAGGCACUUUCAGCAAUUUAAAUUUGGUGCUCAUGCAGACUGGAUUGAAGUGGGGGAGGACUGAGGACCUGAGUGACUUGAAAACAAGGUUGCUUCACUGGCAUAGGAGCCAGUGUGUAGGUGAGCAAGUGUUUUGCACGACUUCCAAGUGUCUGGAGAGGAGAGUGUGCAAUGGACUAGUCUAGGGAGUAGCUGAACUUAGAUGGGCUAAAGUUUGAAUGAUGUUAGAGAUAGAUGUAGUCUCUCUCGGUGAAUUCAUAAGUUUCAUCAAAUGUUUAUAUCUAUCUGGUGACACCACUGAUCAGACUGACAAAUUAUGCACAUAUGUAAAGACAACAGCCUAGUCCCCAGCUCUGUGUGAAUUGUUUUGCAUUUAGUUUUGAACUGCAGAUUUAACCUGAUAAAUCUAAGAAUGCAUAUCAUUCGGGCAGUUUAGGGUAGUGUUGAGGAAUGCAUAAUUGCUGAUUAAACGUUUAAAUGGAAAUAAAGUUGAUUACAGUCCUG